AUGUACGGCGCCUUGUGGAGAAGUUUGCGUUCACCGUUGACGCGGCCAAUGGCGCGUCAGAUGGCAAGCCAUCCGACACCAGAGGAACUUGGUUUGACGGGAUGGAAAUACUACUUGAACAGUGAAACCAUUGUUGGGAGACGUAAUGUGAGUAAUUAUUAGGUGGUCACAUCCUCUACAAAAUAUACAUAAAUCUCCUCACUCGUAAAUAAGCCCAAACUGAUAAGGUUAUAUUAAGCUUAUAUUGUUUAGGUACUUUGCGAAUAUAUUGCAUUGAUUAAUCCAGCUAUUUGUGAACUCUGGGAUUUUUUUUUACAUCUCUAACUACGAAAUCCGUUUUUUUUUUUUACUGUGAGUGUCCUCUUUUUAUUUGACUUGUAGCACAAUAGUCAGGUACACUUCGAUGUAAGAGUUCACAAACUCUUUUGAACACAUUUCAGUGAAAUAGUGACAAAUUAAAUUUAAACUUGGCAAAUUUGUACUUUCAAAAGAGUUCAAGAUGUGUUAUUGUGUUUUAUGUACCGUAUAUAUUACCGUUAUUGUACCGUCUAUAUUACCGUUAUUGUGUUGUUAUUGUGUUGUAUGUACCGUAUUCAUUCGGCAAUAAGCCGAUCUUGGCUAUUAGCCGCGACCCUAAACUUUCAACUCGUAGAAUCAGCUUAACCAAGAACAAAAGAUAAAUCCAAAACACCCUGCUAUAAGCCGAAACCCAUUCAUUACAAGACUUUUAGCAACUCGAAAAAAAUUUGACCUUCUCAAGGAAAAGGUACAAAUUAUUGUUGUUUGGGCUUUUCACUGCUACAUGUUUUGUAUUGAUCUUUCCUCAUGUUAGCCUGAAUUUCAUCCGAUUACUUCGAGUCGUUAUUUCUCCCUCAGUAACGUCUGAGAGGAGAAAACGACUCGAAGCAAUCGGAUGAAUUUCAGGCUAUCCUCCUGUCUUCCUCCCAUUAUGCUUGAAAUGAUCACAUAAAUCGUCUUUCAAUCCAAACAAACCACAUCAGUUUGCAUUGCGUUUGUUUGUGCCUAGUAACCAGGCAAAUGUUUUGAAGCACAUGUUUGACCUAACAUGGCAGAUUGUUUACACAUUUCAUAACCUUUUUUUAUUUGUUUUACACCUUCCCUCAUUGUCAAAGGCUGAUCAACGUGAGAUUUAGUUGUGAGAUCUGUUUUUGUCAGCUAUUUGGACAAUUUGGGACUGAAUUUCUGUGCUUAGCUAACUUAACAUUCAGAUUUGUAGUUAUGUGAUCGAUUCGAUCUUUUGCUGCUAUUUGCUCAGCUUAUAAGUGAAUACAUCUCCAUUUAGUCAGAGUUUAGUAGAGUUUCAAUGCACUGAAAAAAUUAUUUUGUCAAAAACUCCUGGGUAUGAGCUGAGACCCCCUAUUGGGCUGAAAUUUCACUGAACUUUGGCUUUAAUUUGUUUAAAAAUACCUCGGCUUAUAGCCAAAUAAAUACAGUAACUGUGGAAAGUUAUAGAAGAUUGAAGAUACACAUAUCAAGUAAUUUGUGUAAACAGAGAAAAGUACCUAAAUUUUGUACUCAAAAUGUGCAAGAUUGAAAUAUGUGAUUAUGUCCAUUUAUUAAUUUUUUUUAAGAAAUAUUUUUUUUACUUUGAUCUUACUUCUCUGAUCUCGAGUGUAUAAUGAUCAAAUUAUCAGCACAUCUUGGAGCAGGAAAAGCUGCAAAAAGUCCAUUACAUCCCCAGAAUUUCCAUCCAAAAAGCCUCACAGUCAAAGAAGUUCUUUGUGAACUCUCCUUUUUCUAGCUUUGCUUGGUUCUGCUGAGUUUUCAAGGGCUAGAGCAACCCCCAAAGUAAGACAGUGUUUUUAUGCAACUCACCGGUUGUUUUCACACUAGGCUGUUAAGUAAGACUUAAGAGCUGCUAAGUUUUACUUAACUAAAAAUGCGUGUGUGAAGGCCUAAGUAAAAUCUCGAGUAACUUUACUUUGCAUCUCAUUAAAGUCGGAAAGUUGAAAAGAUUCAAGAAAGUUUCAAGUGACUUGAAAACCAUCCUUAAAACCGACUUAGUGAACUUGUGGUUUCUAAGCUUUGAAAAAGGCAAAGCAUGUCAAUCAACCUUAAUUAUGUUGUGUGGCAAAAUGGGCUUAAGUAAACCUGAAGUAAAAAAGAUAGGUUGUGUGUGGAGCUUUCUUUUACUUGAAAAAUUUAAAAUUUACUUGUCUUGAAAUAUUUCUUAGCUUAUUUAGGCUCUAGUGUGAAGACUACCAACAUUUCACAACAAAAAAAGGCAAUUAUUGUUAUUAUAUCCAGUUUGUGUUAAACUUCUCUAUAGUAUUAGUUAUUGGUUUGUUUUCUGUUGAAAUUUGUCCAAAGAACAUGAUUUUCCUUGCAGAUUGUGUUAGCUGUUUAUGGCACUCUUACUGGAAUCUAUAUCUUUUCAAAGCUGAGGAAGCCCAAGAAAGAAGCCACACCACAAGCCAACUGA